AGUAGUUAGCAAAAUAAUUAUUUCUAAAGCAGCACAUACAAAAAUGCGUUUGUAAGGUUAUUUAAGUAUUUGAGUAAAGAGGACAUAUGUCUGAAAUAGACGAAUACGGCCCAAUGGCGUCUGCAGAUGAACUGUUAAAGUUGAAAAUGCGGGUCGAACAGUUGGAAGAGAAGGAGAGAGAAUUUCUGAAAGCAAAGGAGGAAAAUGAGGCAGAGUUUGGCCAAAAACGAGCACGCUUCAAGGAGAUCUUUCUGCAGAAAGAAGCUGAGCUGAAAGAUUGCCGAGAUGAGGUUGAACGAAUGUCGGAGGAGCUGGUGUUGGCACGUGGGGAGCUAGCGGACAUCAAUGCAGCAGUGUCCAUCUCAGAGACCAACAAAGAAGAGGAGAUUUCCAAGAUAAGACAGCAGUGCCAACAGGAGGUGGAGACCAUGCAGGCAUUACUCCGGGAUGCUGCGGAGGAGGCGUCAAGCUCAACGGCAGCCCAGUACGAGUCUGAGCGGGCGAAACUGCAUGAGCUGAACGAGAACUACGAGGAGGAGAUUCAGUCUAUACGCUCACGACUCUCACAGGAGAGGACACUAGAUAAGGGAAAGAGUUUUUUGUCGUCGGUGGCUGACAUUGUAUCUCGCGGCACAUCAUCACUCGGGGCUCAUAGUGACGCCAACACCUUGGAAGACUCAAUGAAAAAGGCACAACAAGAUGCAGAAAUUCUCAAGUCUGUGGUGAUGCCCCUCGAAAAAGAAAUAGAAGCAUUGAAAGAGAAGCUGAAAAGUAGAGAAGAUGAUAUAAAAAUGUUGGAAAGACAGAAAAUUCAGCUCCAGGAGCGGCUAGUCUCCGCGGAUACAGGGGAAUUGCCGACAAGUCCAGUGAAGACCACUUCCCUGCCCUCACUCGACGAAAUCACAAACCCGGAGGAGAAGAUUGAGAAGCUGAUAAAGUACCUGAAGGCCGAGAAGGCGUCUCGUACGGACCUGGAGAUGUUCGUGGCCGUCAUCAACACACAGAAGACCGCAAUGCAGGAUGAGAAUGACAAACUCAGGGAAGAACUCAGCGAAGUGUGCAGUAUUCUUGACGAGGAGAAACGUGGCCACUCACAGCUGAAGGAGACGUGGCAGAUGGCCAAUGACCAGUUCCUUGAGUCUCAGCGACUCAUGAUGAUGGACAUGAGACGGAUGGAAGGGCUCCUCUCCGCCGAGCAACAGAGGCUCUUGGCUGAGCAACAGAAGAAAGACCAGGAGCGUGAGGCCCAGGAGAGAAAGGUGAAAGAGUUGGAGGAAGCUAGAAAGAGGCAGCAGCAGGAGGCCAGUCUACAGGCAAAUAUAGACGCUGCAAAAAAAGUAGAGGAAGCCACAAAGAAGUUACGUAAGAAAGACCCGAAGCUGCUGGACCUGUCACGUGACCACAGUGUCUCCAAUACGUCCAUAAAUUCCACUGCCUCCCUGGACUCUUUCGCCUUCGACGACAGCAGCCUUGCGGAACCCAUCCCCGCCUCCUUGAAGAAGUCCCACUCCAACUCUGAGAUAGCCUCACUGUCAGAACAGGACUUGAUCGAUGGUGGCGCUCACGAGACUCGGUCACUGAACGAGGCAGACAACCUCACCAUACGUAUCAGUCCAGAGAAAGUGAUCAACCUGCCAUCGCUCACAGAGGCACAAGUCCGGGCUAUCAUGGACCCAACCCCAGAGAACGAGGCUAGAAAAAGCCUUGUUGCAAGCGCCAAGUUGAAGCAGGAGGGUGUGUCCCUGGAGGGGAGAAGACUUGUCAGUGACCGAGAGUGGAGCCUACUACAGGAAGAGCUGCGAGGUGCACGUGAGAAGCUUGGCCGGCCGUGUGACAUGUGUAACAACUACGAGGCCCAGCUACAGGGCGUUCAGGAUGAGUUCCGACAGGAGCAGGCGAGUUUCCGGGCUCUGGAGAGGGAGUCGCACGCCCAGAAACAGACCAUUGACAGCCAGAAACAGUAUGUCUCUGAGCUGGAGGAGAAACUGCGCACGGCUGCUCAUGAGCAGAUAGAGGAGAUAAGCGUGAUGUCUCACAAGACAAAGGAGUGUGAGAGGUACAUCAGUGAACUACGGCAACAGACAACAAACACACACAUGGAGCUGCAGGACCAGAUGCGUGAGAUGUCUAGUCAGCGCGAGGUGGUACAAAGAGAGCUGGUCCGGUUACAGGAGGAGAAUGACUCCCUUCAGGGGAAACACUCAAAACAUGCUGAACAGCUCCAAAAUGAGGACAUCAAUCUGCCUAACAACCUCGAUGACAUGCAGCUGUUGCUGUUGAAGUACCGUGAGGAGAUCAUUGCAGCAAAGGUUGCCCUGGAGCACGCUGAGGAGACAUUGAAGAGCGAGAUACUGUUCCUGAAGGACCGGGUUGUCUCAGAGCAACAGGAGAAGGCCACCAUGGAGGAGACACUUACACAGGAGAUCAGCACACUCCAGGAGAAGCUAGCGAUCCAGGACAGCCUGACAUCGGAGUUGGAGCGUGAGUCAAGUGUGCGUGCGGAGACAGAGGGCCGACUACGUGAGACAGAGCAGUCCAUAAGGUCGCACCAGGCCAAGUCCAAACAGAUAAUAGGGGGGCUCCAGAAACAGGUCGAGGAACAGUCCAAUGCACGAACGCAGCUGGAGCAGGAUGUGUACAGGAUGAAGCAGAAGGUUCUUUCCCUGCAGACAGACCUGGAUAAUAGUGAGGCUGUACAGAGGGAUUUUGUCAAACUAUCACAGUCACUGCAGAUCCAGCUGGAGCAGAUCCGGCAGGCAGAGAAUGAGGUGCGCUGGCAACAUGAGGAGGAUGUGGACGACUGUGCAGGCUGCAGACAACAGUUCUCUGUCACCAAGAGAAAGCACCACUGCCGGCACUGUGGCAGGAUUUUCUGUACCGACUGCAUUACAAAGACAGUGAAGACUGGGCCAAAACAACGGCCUGCCCGUGUUUGUGAUGUGUGCCACACGAUACUAGUAAAAGAUGCAACACCAUACUUCUCCACGGAGUUGCCCAGCACCCCAGACUGACAUACAGCUAUCUAGUAUGGAUUGGACACAAAGUUUUGCAGCGGCAGCAUCUGUGAUGUCAACAGAAAAGGGAUGAGAAAAUAGGAAGAAAAAAACAUGUUGCCAUUGAUGUUUGUUGACAUGUUUGGAACCCAUGUGCAUAAAAUUUGACAUGUGUUGAUAACAUUGUGACAUCUGAAAAGAAACAAUAGAAAAUAUCAUAUAAUCCAGAGUGUUUGAUUUGUGUGCAUAUAUGUUAGCCAGCCAGUCGAGAUUAUGAUGCUGCAAAACUGAUCCUGCCAACAAGCACAAUGGUUGUAUAGUGUUAUUCUAGGCCUGUGUCAUAUAGGUUGUUACGGCUUGUCUUCAUAUUGAAGUGUAGCAUACAGGUAGAUAGUUGGACUUUACACAUUGUUUGCUGUUUUCAAUCUAGUCUAUUCAUGUUUUAAUUCAGAAAUAUUACAUUUUUAUGAGCUAAUCUGCUUUUGGAUAAAACAAAAGGUUUUGUGAUGGCCUUGGUGUUCUGUGAACGUCAUUGUGCAACAAUUGGCCAUAGCCUUAAACCGUUCAAUGUUCUCAUAUGUAACUUAGUAGAGAUGUUGCAAGAGACAAUGAGCAUAUGUGUAGCAAAGCCCACAACUCUGGCUAUAGUGAAUGAUGAAUUAUCCCCCUUUUCAACUGAAUACAAACAGACAAGCGUUUGCACCUGCUUGCAGGGAUUUUUUUAUCUGCUAUAGUGAUGAGUAUAGGAUAGGAUAAGUUGACUCCUACAUGUACAUCUUAAGUCUGGCAUUGAGUUUAAUCAGUAUUUUACCUAGUAAGUUUUUAGUACAUAUAGUUACAUGUAACUCUGCCUACCACAAUGUCCUUGUUGUCAUGGAAUUUUCCAGCGAGGGACGUCAUAGAUAUUGCCUUUCGGGACCAAGUUACAACAAGAAGCUUCAUCGUAUUUUUGCUUUGUUUUGGUUACUGUGUUAUGGUUUUUAAUUUGCUCAAUGUAACUCUUUUUUCAGUUCUAUGAUAUUCUUUUACGGCGUGUAUGAACAGCCAAAACUUGUCUACUGUAAGUGCUCCAUACUGCUGCAUAAUAUAUUUCCAAAUGAUACUUGACUACUACAAAAUCGUUUUACAUAUGUGUUGGUAUAAUUGCAAAUACUGCAAGUUAUAUGUAAAUUUAAUUUACAUGUAUUUCUGAUACAGUAUUUCUGUUUUUCUAUGAUAAAGAUGUGUAAGCUUCAAAUACACUUAAAUGCAUCUAUAUAUGUAUCUCUAAGAACAAACCAAGUAUUAUUACAUUAUCAACACACACAUUGACAUGUAACAUGAUGAAUAAUGAUUUAAAGGAAAAUUCAGGAGUAAAUUCAAGCAGUAGUUUUUGGAGUUCAUCAAUCGGAUUUACUCCUCAAGUUGCCCAUUACACUCCGAUUAACUCUCGGAUAAACAAAUCAAAACUGUACAUGAAUUAUGUACAUACGACACAGAGUUUCAGGUUUUUAAACAACCUGUGUGGUCUGUGAUAUUAAAGUAUGUGUUUAGAAUUGUUACCGCUGGUAAUAUUACAAGAAGUGUCUUCAGUUUAUGCAGCUUAACAUAUGUCAUGUCGAGAUGUUUGUGUUUAUGUGGCCACCGUGGGUACAUGCUGGAAUAACAUCUACAAACUGUGCAACAGAAGGCUGUCAUAUUUGAACAUCAUUAUCUUUGACUCCACUUCUGGUUAUUUUUGACUCCACUUCUGGAAUGUUUAUGACCAUUUGACUGCCUACAUAUCUGUUCAUGUGUUAUACUGUCAAAACUCUAUUGAUGACCAACUGAUGUCAGUUUAAAUGUUCAAUGUUUCUGAAUUGUAACAUUCUUUUAUACAAGAGCAUAGCCCUAUUCUUCUGAAUUCUCAGAGUUCCGAAAAAAUCAAACUGGCAUAACUUUUUAUUCAAACAUUGUAGAGUGAUACAAUGAUGUAGUUAUUACCCAAGAUGGUUGGACCGAAUAAUUGUAGGUUUAAAGGAUUUGUUUUAAGAUAUUUGAUAUGGCAAAUCCUUCCAAGUACAAACUAUAUUCCAUCAACUGAAGGUCUUCUUCUUGAGUUGAAAUUCACAGGGAAUGAAAUAGCUCCCCCAAGUGAGUGAAAAGAACCAAAAUACUUUCGUUAACUGUAUUCUUUCACUGAUAGUUGCAUCCUAGUAGAAUAUAUUGAAAAUGUUCUUAAAAAUCCAUAAAACAUGGCAAAUAACAUGACUUACACAUUACACACAGAGGCUUGCAGGCAACACUUCUUGUAACUCAUAAAUUUCAAAAAUUAGUCCUUAGUUUUGGUAAGAAUUAUCAAUUUUUAUUUAUUAUCAAACAAAAUUAACGCCAACAUGUGACUUAAUGUGCUUUAUGGACAAUGUUCCCUGUAAAUUCACUGUGUCAUUCAGACAAUUGGGAAAAUUAGAAUACCGGAAAGGCGACACAAUUGUCAGACUACCGAGAUGGUAUACUAGUAUUGUGUUUGUUAUGCAUUUGAUUGGAAUCAUAAAUGGGAUGUUGCAAUAUGUGUAGCAGUGAUUAUAUGAUUUGUUUAUACUCUUAUACAGAAUUAUCUAGUAACUUUGAGUGUAUCCUCGUACAACUUCAUGCAAAUCCAUGUUUCAUGAUAGACAUAAUUGUUUGUGAAUUACAUUUUGAUAUAGAUGGUAUUUCUAUUGUCCUUUUAACACAUCCAUUUUUAGGUUGUCCGUUAUUCAAAGAAAAAAAAUGAGGUCUUGUCAUUACAUCAUUGUCCUUGGUGGCUGUGUUGUGCAAAAAACUUUCAAGUUAUUCAAAUGAAACUUGGUACGCAGGUUGUCAAUGACAAUACGCUCAAGUUUAGCAAUGCACAUAACUCUGAUUUAAAUAAUUAUCAAGUUAUGCCCCUUGUUUGGCACAUUUGCUGAAAUGUGUUUAAAUACAGAAUGAUCAGAGGAAAUAAGUGUUUUUCUACAUUACAUGUAUGUAAUCACUCGUACACAAUGAUGUACUAUUUGAUGAAUUGUUCACUGUUUAAUUGCCGGUUUCAGUAUCCACUAGGGCGUUUCUAUGAGGUUGCAUUUCAACAAAAUUUGACCUUACCGAUACUAGUGUGUCAUAGUUUUAUAGUUAUCUUCCAUAAAUGUCUUUUGUUGAAGAAGUAUGUGUUUUGUUGAAGAAGUUUGUGUUUUGUUGAAGAAGUUUUAACUUGUUUCGCACUAGUAGUUGUUACAUGUUUAUUUAUUACAGAGGUGAAUUUUGUUGUUGAAAUGUGUAUUUAUUGUUAUAGGUAUAAUAAAUGUAAACAAUUA